GGAGCGGCGCGGCGGAGCGCGGAGCGGCCAUGGCGUCGGGCAGCGCCAUCCAGAUCCCCAGCCGGCUGCCGCUGCUGCUCACCCACGAGGGCGUGCUGCUGCCCGGCUCCACCAUGCGCACCAGCGUGGACUCGCCGCGGAACAUGCAGCUGGUGCGGAGCCGCCUACUCAAGGGCACCUCGCUGAGGAGCACCAUCAUCGGUGUCAUCCCCAACACCAGCGACCCCACCUCCGACUGCGACGACCUGCCCUCCCUGCACAGGAUUGGCACCGCUGCUUUGGCAGUUCAGGUGGUUGGCAGCAACUGGCCCAAGCCUCAUUACACAUUGCUGGUUACGGGCCUCUGCCGGUUCCAGAUACUGCAGGUGCUGAAAGAGAAGCCGUAUCCUGUUGCUGAAGUUGAACAGUUAGAUCGACUUGAGCAGUUUACUAAUCAGCGUAAAUCGGAGGAGGAACUUGGAGAGUUGUCAGAACAGUUCUACAAAUAUGCAGUGCAGCUGGUUGAGAUGCUGGAUAUGUCUGUUCCUGCUGUUGCAAAGCUGAGACGUCUUUUGGACAAUUUGCCUAGAGAAGCUUUGCCAGAUAUACUGACUUCUAUCAUUCGUACAUCCAACCAAGAGAAGCUUCAGAUUUUAGAUGCUGUUAGUCUGGAAGAACGAUUCAAGAUGACUAUACCAUUGCUUGUUAGACAAAUUGAAGGCCUGAAGCUGCUUCAGAAAACAAGAAAGCCCAAACAGGAUGAUGAUAAAAGGGUUAUAGCUAUUCGUCCUAUUAGAAGAAUCAAUCACAUUCCAAGUGCUACAGAAGAGGAGGAGGAAGAGGAAGAUCAUGAUGAUGUUGUCAUGCUGGAAAAAAAGAUUAGAACAUCCAGUAUGUCAGAACAAGCUCUUAAAGUUUGUCUUAAGGAAAUAAAGAGAUUAAAGAAGAUGCCUCAAUCAAUGCCAGAAUAUGCUUUGACCAGAAAUUACCUGGAACUGAUGGUGGAAUUGCCGUGGAACAAGAGUACAAAAGAUCGCCUUGAAAUUCGUGCAGCUCGAAUUCUUUUGGAUAAUGAUCAUUAUGCUAUGGAGAAGCUGAAGAAGAGGGUUUUGGAGUACUUAGCUGUCAGGCAGCUUAAAAACAACCUCAAGGGACCCAUUCUUUGUUUUGUGGGUCCCCCAGGAGUCGGUAAAACUAGUGUUGGAAGAUCUAUUGCAAAGACUUUGGGUCGAGAAUUCCACAGAAUUGCUUUAGGAGGGGUCUGUGAUCAGUCUGAUAUUCGAGGCCACAGACGCACCUAUGUUGGCAGUAUGCCUGGUAGAAUUAUCAAUGGACUGAAGACUGUUGGGGUUAACAAUCCAGUAUUCCUUUUAGAUGAGGUUGAUAAACUGGGGAAGAGCUUGCAGGGGGAUCCAGCAGCAGCCUUACUUGAGGUUUUGGAUCCAGAACAAAAUCACAGUUUCACCGAUCACUAUUUAAAUGUAACCUUUGAUCUGUCCCAAGUCCUUUUCAUAGCUACAGCCAACACUACAGCUACUAUCCCAGCUGCUCUGUUGGACAGAAUGGAAGUCAUUCAAGUUCCAGGAUAUACCCAGGAAGAAAAAAUUGAAAUUGCACAUAGGCACUUGAUUCCUAAACAGCUUGAACAACAUGGCCUGACUCCACAGCAGAUCCAGAUUCCACAAGUAACCACUUUAGACAUAAUUACCAGAUACACUAGAGAGGCAGGAGUCCGCUCUCUGGAUCGGAAACUGGGAGCUAUUUGCAGAGCAGUGGCAGUGAAAGUGGCAGAAGGACAGCACAAAGAAACAAAGCCAGAACGUGCUGAAGUGGCUGAAGGAGAAGAUUGCAAAGAGCAUAUCACAGAAGAUGCAAAAACAGACUCCAUCAGUGACACAGCUGACCUGGCUCUGCCACCUGAAAUGCCGAUUUUAAUUGAUUUCCAUGCUUUAAAAGAUAUCCUGGGGCCACCUAUGUAUGAAAUGGAGGUGUCUGAACGGUUAAGUCAGCCAGGAGUAGCCAUAGGCUUGGCUUGGACACCCCUGGGGGGAGAGAUCAUGUUUGUGGAAGCUAGUCGCAUGGAUGGAGAAGGUCAGCUUACUCUGACUGGUCAGCUCGGGGAUGUAAUGAAGGAAUCGGCGCAUCUUGCAAUUAGCUGGCUGCGCAGCAAUGCAAGGAGAUACCAGCUAACCAAUGCUUCUGGAAGUUUUGAUCUCCUUGACAACACUGACAUCCAUCUGCACUUCCCAGCUGGAGCUGUCACAAAAGAUGGACCAUCUGCUGGUGUUACCAUAGUAACCUGUCUUGCUUCACUCUUCAGUGGGCGUCUGGUGUGUUCAGAUGUAGCCAUGACAGGAGAAAUUACACUAAGAGGCCUUGUUCUUCCAGUUGGGGGAAUUAAAGACAAAGUCCUGGCAGCACACAGAGCUGGACUGAAGAGAAUUAUCAUUCCUCAAAGAAAUGAAAAAGAUCUUGAAGAAAUUGCAGUGAAUGUACGGCAAGAACUGAUUUUUGUUAUGGCAAGCUGUCUAGAUGAAGUUCUUAAUGCUGCUUUUGAUGGAGGAUUUUCAGUUAAGCCCACAGUUGAACAUUUGAAUAGUAAACUUUAAGCAGACAGGCUAAGAUUACUUCUACUUCAGUUUUUAACACUGAUCAAUAACUAUCAAUCAUAUAACAAUUAUAACUAUCAAGUUAAUUGUUUAAAUGCAGAUGUGAGUGCAAUCAAAAUAAAACUAUUACUUCAGCAGUUAA